UUACUGCGCAUGUAUACAUUGUUGCACAGCAACGAUAAAUCAGCUGUUUGUAUAGACAUAGACAUCGUUCUGACGUGUUAAAUAGAUCAAAUUGUGAUUGAUUUCUUCAUCUUUAAUCAACAAAAUGAAUUGUUUAAUUGCUUUAUUUCUUGUGUUAAUGUUGUCAGGAGGUGAAAAUGAAGUGGCAGCAUCACCAGCCUCAUCAACAACUUCUAAUCAACUCCAAAUUGAUGAACGAACGACGAAUGAGGAAAAUGACCAGGAAAUGAAUGACCAGGAAGGUGGACAGGAGGAUGAACAGGAUGGUGGACAAGGUAAUGAGCAAUCUGCAAUAGACAAUGAAUCAACACCUUCGACUUCAACUGGAAGAAUCCGUCAUCUCGGACUUCUUCAAUUUCAAAAGUCUACACCAAAAGGUCCAGUAUUUUGUAGAGUAGGUUGCACUAAAUCUUUAUGGAAAGUGAAAAAAAUCAUUGGUGUUUGGGUUAGUAAUACUGGUAACGCAUUAAUCAAAUUCAAAUGGGGAAAAAUGUUUUGUACACCGGAAUCAAUGCAUGAUAUGGGUGAUCUAGAUCAAUACCCACAACUAACAAAAGAAGAGGUGGUCGAAGAUGCAGAGUGUUAUGAGGAGGCGGAAGCAGCUGCUAUUGAAGAAGUUAAAAAACAUCCAAUUGUAUUCCAAUGUGAUUAUUGCAAUGGUACCUUCAAUGCUUUGAAAGGAUUAAAGGAACAUCUCUUUGGUGUCGUAAGAGAAGGAAACGGUAAAAAUAGGUAUAGAGUGGUGUCCUGUCCUCAAAGAUUUGCGCGAGACAAAGUGACUGGAUAUGAGAGAUUAAAAUGUCCGGUAAAACUUAAUCAAAAUCAUCCCGUUAAAAAGAAAGUUUGGGCCUGGGUUUAUUGUCAGGAUGAUUCUUUGGUAAAACCGAAUGGUGAUUUUGAUGUUCCACCUAAUAUACAAGCGGAAUGGGACAAAGAAUUCAACAAACCAAAACUUGUACGAAAAAGUCAAAGAAACAAGAAAUAAUUCUGUCUUUUUCCAAGAUUUAAAUUCUUAUUUUUCAUAACAUUUUAUACUGUCUUUUUAUGAUCCAAUUUUUACUUUUCUUUUUAUAAUCAAUCAAUUAUGCUUUUCAAUUAUGCUUUUCAAUGUAUUCUCUCUAACUUGUAUUCGCAGCCUUAAAAC